ACUGCAAAUAAGGGAUGGCGGAAAAGUUGGCUCGCAGCCAAGACAUCGACGGCAGAGCGUUCGACUACAUCAUUAUUGGCAAGUGCCUCAGACAUUUUGAGACUGCGGGAUCUGUCCUUGCCCAUCGCCUUAGUGAGGAUCCCAAUGUGACCGUUGCAGUUCUGGAGGCAGGCAAGGCUCACUUCGAUGAUCCUUUGAUCAACAGCCCGCUACUAUUUAGCAAACAAUUUGGGAGCCCCGAGUACGACUGGGCAUUCCCAGUCGUACCCCAAGAGAAUGCCCCGCAGGCGCACCUCCUUCCUUGGAGUCGAGGGACGGGGCUUGGUGGCAGCUCUAAGAUGAACAUCCUUGCUUACACCAAACCAGCCCGCGAGGAGAUGGAUGCUUUGGAAGCUUUAGGAAACCCGGGCUGGAACUGGGAGUCUUAUCAGAAGUAUAUCAAGAAGGCAGAAGGGUAUUUACGCUCCUGCAGAUAUGCACAUCGUCGCUCAGUCAGCGUCAUCGCAGAUUCCGCAUACCUCGCCCUCGCGAGAUCGACGAUAGCUUCCGAGACCUCUAUCACCCGGACUCCGUCGGACACGAUGGCUCGUCCGCUUACCGUGUCCUUCGUUCCCACCGGAUCUGGCGCCGAUGCCGCAUUCCAACAGAGUCUGGCUAAGAAUGGACUCGACGUCCUCACAGAUGCACUGGGCGGUGAGAUAAUAGGUUCCUGGAAAGGGUUAUCGACUUUCGACCCAGAUUCAGGCCGUCGGGUGGAUGCUGCAACGGCAUACCUACUGCCGAUACUCGAUAGACCAAAUCUCAAAGUCUUAACUGAGGCGUAUGUUUGUCGGAUCCUGACGGAGGGCGAAGGAGAGAGCGUCGUGGCUCGCGGAGUCGAAUUCGAGCAUGGUGGGAGGACGCAGAAGGCCUUUGCUGCACGCGAGGUCAUAUUGAGUGCCGGGGGUAUCAAAUCUCCUCAGAUUCUCGAACUCAGCGGAAUCGGGGAUAGGAAGAUCCUGGAGCCUCUGGGUAUUCGUACAGCUGUUGACCUUCCGGCAGUCGGUAACAACUCGCAAGAGCAUCACCUCUGCCGGGCCCCAUUCCUGCGUAUGAAGGAAGGGAAAGGGCUCAUCACCGGCUAUAUGCUGGCGACUGAUGAGCGCGUGGCUGCAGACUUGAAAGAGAUGCACAAGCUAGAUAUCGACUAUGCCAUUGUCCUUAAUGCCUUAGCCUUCGCACCCUUGCAGACAAUGACAGAUAGGGCGCCCGAAAUGAUCGCAAAGAAGAAGGCGCAGCUGGCCAAGAACUGGGAAACUUAUCCUCCUGGCCUCCGCAAGCAAUAUGAGCUCAUGCUGAAGCUUCUCGAGAGUGUCAAGGGUGCCGAUAUCGAGUAUUUCGUUUCCGCGUCGAUGUUCAGACAGCCGCCGGAGCCUCGAAAGCCGCAUAUGGGAGUUACUCCCAAUUUGACGCAUCCCUGGUCCCGUGGUGCAAUUCAUAUCGCGUCCGCAGAUCCAAAAGCGCAACCCCGGAUCGACCCGCAUUAUUUCGAGGAUGAGAUGGACCUGGAGAUCAUGGCCGAAGGCUUAAAGUACAUUCUCAAGGUCAUCCGAACUCCUCCGUUCAAUGAUUUGGUCGACCUCGAGUUGAUACCUGGAUUGGCUGUCGAUGUCUCCACUGAUGAGAAGCUUAAAGAUUUUAUCAGAAAAAACACUUCUACAACAUGGCACACCUGCGGAACCUGCUCGAUGAUGCCCAGGGGGCUUGGCGGUGUGGUAGAUCCGGAGCUGAGAGUGUAUGGUACGAAGAACCUCCGCGUCGUGGAUCUGUCGGUAUUACCACUCAUGGUUGCGGUUCAUACCCAAGCGGUCGUCUACGGGAUUGCCGAGCAAGCUGCGGACAUCAUCAAGAAGUCCGCUCAGAGUACUAGUGUCUGAACGGAGAAACGUUAAUAAACAUGAUCAUACAAGAGCAGAACAACCUGUCCUCAAGUUUAUAAUACCUCCUUAUGUAUGUGAAGUACGAUAAGAUGCCGCAACUGUUGUAGUAUGCUGUUCCCGUGAGUUCGCCUCACCGCUGAGCCGAAUCCCAAAGGCGAUCC